AUGGAUACCCCCAUCAGAUGGAAAGUUAAACGGAGAUUAAGGGACGCUCUGAUCUCCCUGGUUGUCAUUUUGCUUUUUGUCACAUCCCCGGCGAGUUCAGCUGAACCAGCCAACCUCUUGAAGAUUUUAGAUUUUCCUAAUUUACCCGAAGGCGUCACGAAAACAACGGGGUUCUGCUCGAAUCGGCGGUCGUCGCAAGGACCCGACGUUGCCUACCGAGUCUCCAAAGAGGCGCAGCUCAGCGCUCCCACCAAACAACUAUAUCCAGGUGAUGUAUUCCCUGAGGACUUUUCCAUCAUGGCCACGGUGAAGCCCAAGAAGGGCAGCCAGUCUUUCCUGUUGUCAGUGUACAAUGAGCAGGGAAUCCAGCAACUGGGACUGGAAAUGGGGCGCUCGCCCGUUUUCCUCUACGAGGACCACACAGGAAAGCCCGGACCGGAGGACUACCCGCUUUUCCGGGGGAUCAACCUGGCUGACGGAAAGUGGCAUCGAGUGGCCAUCAGUGUGCACAAGCAGACCAUCACCCUCAUUCUGGACUGUAAAAAGAAGACCACCCAGAAACUGCUCCGAUCGGCCAACCCCAUCAUCGACACCAAAGGAAUUAUUGUCUUCGGAACAAGAAUACUUGAUGAAGAAGUCUUUGAGGGAGACAUCCAGCAGCUAAUGAUUGUAGCAGACCACCGCGCCGCCUAUGACUACUGCGAGCACUACAGCCCCGACUGUGAAGUGGCUGUGCCCGACCAACCACAGAACCAGGACCCCAACACUGACGACUACAACACAGAGGAGGACAGCUACUAUUAUGAGUACCCCUACUAUGAAGACGUGGACGGAAAAUCGCUUGAUUCAACUGAUGCAGAGGAGACAACUAAGGUAGUCAAGGUCACGGACAGCCUGGCAUCCAAAGUGGAGGAUGCCGUUCGUACCGCUGGCACAGGUGGCAAAGUGGUCAUCUCUUCGUCUUCUAGUUCGUCUUCCAGCACGGGCUCUUCCUCUAGUAGCUCUUCGGCAACCACCACGGACGACGCUGGUGCAUACGAUGGUUAUGACAGUUAUGGGACCUAUGAGAGCUACUAUGAUGAGCUGAAACCUACACCCGAGGGCGACGGUUCUAAACGAAUCACCAUCACAAGCACGGGCACCGGCGGGAAACUGGAUCUGGGAGCGGCCGGAAAGAUUGACCUGGGAACAGGAAGCGCAGUGGAAACCAGGGUUAUCUCCGGUGGAGGUGGUGGCGGCGGAUCCUCGAUCACGAUCAAUAAAACAACUCUCGGAACGUCGUAUGGUGACUACGGUGAUUACGGAGAUGGGGAUUACGGCGUGGACAGUCACGUGACUACUGGCGGAGGCAGUAGCAGCGGCACAAUUAGGCUUGGCGGCGGAGGUAGCAGCAGCAGUGGGACCAUCUCACUGGGUGGCGGAGGCAUUGGCGGCACUAGUGACACCAUCACACUGGGUGGGGGCGGAAGCAGCAGUAGCAGCACCAUCAGUCUUGGCGGUGGAGGUGGAGGAAGCAGCAGUACCACCAUCACCAGAGGAGGCGGCGGAAGCAGCUCCACGAUCACCCUCGGCGGCGGAUCAGUUUCGGUCGGAGGUGGUUCAGUGUCGGCGGGAGGCUCCUCCACAGUGGGCGGCGGAUCGGCCAGCGCUGGAGCCGGAGCCGGUGGUUCCAUCGCCACUGGAACUGGACUGGGCAUUGAUGGCGAGGGGGACUACACCGACUUGGACUCUUUCAAGGCGGAGCACAUCAACAACUAUGAUGAUUUGGAUCUGAAUAUUUAUGAUGAGAACUACGACGACUUGGAAUACCCUGACAAAGGUUCCAAAGUGCUUCCUGCCGAGACCGAGUAUUACGGACAGGUCGAUGGCGUCCGUGGCGAGAAAGGGGAGAAGGGAGAACCUGCCAUUAUCGAACCCGGAAUGCUAGUGGAGGGUCCGCCUGGGCCUGAGGGGCCAGCGGGUCUUCCUGGACCUACGGGUGCCGCCGGCUCACCAGGCGUUCCUGGAGAUAUCGGCGAGAGGGGUCUUCCCGGUCGUCCUGGUCUUCCUGGUGCUGAUGGUCUACCAGGACCCCCUGGCACCGUCCUGAUGUUGCCUUUCCGAUUCAGUGCUGGAGGGGGAGACUCUGGACAGAAGGGACCUGCCAUGUCAGCCCAGGAGGCCCAGAUGCAGGCCAUCAUGCAGCAGGCUCGGCUUGCUAUGCGUGGAUCUACCGGCCCCAUGGGUUUGACCGGCAGGCCUGGCCCCUUGGGUCCUCCUGGUGUUGCGGGACUGAAGGGAGAGUCUGGAGAGGCGGGUCCUCAGGGUCCACGCGGACCACUGGGAUCAGCUGGACCUCCUGGAAAGCCUGGCAGAAGGGGUCGCGCCGGAGCUGAUGGUGCCAGGGGAAUGCCAGGCCAGCCUGGAACCAAGGGAGAUCGUGGAUUUGACGGUCUGGCGGGACUUCCUGGCGAAAAAGGACACAGAGGUGAAGCGGGACCUCAUGGACCGCCUGGUGCUCCAGGCGAGGAUGGCGAGAGGGGAGACGACGGAGAGAUCGGACCAAGGGGACUUCCAGGUGAACCGGGACCUCGUGGUUUGCUUGGACCUAAAGGACCUCAGGGAGCUCCCGGACCUCCUGGUGUCACCGGAGCGGACGGCCACCCUGGACCAAAAGGCAACAUUGGACCUCAAGGAGAACCAGGACCUCCCGGUCAACAAGGCAACCCCGGUGCUCAGGGACUGGCCGGGCCUCAAGGUGCGAUCGGACCUCCCGGAGAGAAGGGUCCUACCGGGAAGCCUGGUUUGCCGGGAAUGCCGGGAGCUGACGGACCACCAGGUCACCCUGGAAAAGAAGGACCUCACGGAGAAAAGGGACACAUGGGACCCGCCGGCCCUCAAGGACCUAUCGGUUAUCCCGGCCCACGAGGCGUGAAGGGAGCAGACGGCGUCCGCGGCCUGAAAGGAACCAAGGGAGAGAAGGGAGAAGACGGCUUCCCGGGCUUCAAGGGGGAUAUGGGUAUCAAGGGUGACAGGGGUGAGCUUGGCCCGGCAGGGCCCAGAGGAGAAGACGGUCCCGAGGGGCCUAAAGGUCGUUCAGGUCUCCCAGGAGACGCCGGUCCUCUCGGCCCAAAUGGCGAGAAGGGUAAACUCGGAGUGCCCGGUUUGCCCGGAUACCCAGGAAGACAAGGACCAAAGGGAUCUCAAGGUUUCCAAGGCUUCCCUGGUGCUAACGGAGAGAAAGGAACUCGGGGAACGGCGGGAAAGCCUGGACCGCGUGGCCAGCGAGGACCAACGGGCCCUCGAGGAGAGAGAGGACCAAGGGGACCCACUGGAAAAGCUGGACCAAAAGGCAACUCAGGGACUGACGGACCACCGGGACCCCCUGGCGAGAGGGGUCUACCAGGACCUCAGGGACCAACGGGAUUCCCGGGACCAAAAGGGCCACCUGGGCCUGCCGGUAAAGAGGGACUUCCCGGACACCCAGGACAGAGAGGAGAGACUGGUUUCCAAGGAAAGACUGGUCCUCCUGGCCCUCCCGGUGUUGUCGGACCUCAGGGACCAACCGGCGAGACCGGACCAAUGGGAGAUCGUGGGCAUCCUGGACCCCCAGGUCCACCCGGAGAGCAAGGUCUCCCAGGAGCUGCCGGAAAGGAAGGCGCUAAAGGCGACCCAGGACCCUCUGGCCCCGCCGGUAAGGACGGCCCACCCGGCCCACGAGGCUUCCCAGGAGAACGAGGCCUGCCCGGCCCCGUGGGGGCUCACGGUUUGAAAGGCAAUGAGGGUCCGAACGGCCCACCUGGCCCAGCUGGUUCUCCAGGCGAACGUGGGCCCGCUGGCCCUGCUGGACCCACAGGUUUGCCCGGACGCCCUGGCCCCCAGGGACCCCCGGGCCCCGCAGGAGAGAAAGGCGGACCGGGAGAGAAAGGACCUCAAGGCCCAGCGGGAAGAGAUGGUAUUCAGGGACCAGUGGGUCUGCCAGGACCUGGGGGACCCCCUGGACCACCGGGAGAGGACGGAGACAAGGGAGAACUUGGAGAACCCGGCCAGAAAGGAAGCAAAGGUGACAAAGGCGAACACGGUCCACCCGGCCCCACUGGACCUCAAGGUCCUGUCGGAGCUCCCGGUCCUGCAGGAGCAGAUGGCGAGCCUGGUCCCAGAGGUCAGCAAGGUCUGUUUGGCCAGAAGGGAGAUGAAGGAUCCAGAGGCUUCCCUGGACCUCCAGGCCCAGUUGGGCUGCAGGGUUUGCCCGGUCCGCCCGGUGAGAAAGGCGAAACAGGCGACGUUGGUCAGAUGGGUCCACCUGGCCCGCCUGGACCAAGAGGCCCCUCUGGACCACCUGGUGCCGAUGGACCUCAGGGACCUCCUGGUGGUAUUGGAAACCCCGGUGCUGUCGGUGAGAAAGGUGACGCUGGUGAGACAGGAGAGCCAGGUCUUCAGGGAGACGGUGGUCCACCAGGACCGAGGGGAGAGCGAGGGGAGAAGGGAGAGGCAGGCCCAGCUGGUGCUGCUGGACCACCAGGACCCAAGGGUCCCCCUGGAGAUGACGGUCCUAAAGGCAGCCCUGGUCCAAGCGGCUUCCCUGGAGAUCCAGGUCCUCCUGGAGAGCCGGGUCCUGCUGGCUUGGAUGGCCCACCUGGUGACAAGGGAGAUGACGGAGAGGCCGGCCAGGCUGGUUCCCCUGGACCUACAGGAGAGUCUGGUCCCUCUGGACCACCAGGAAAGAGAGGACCAGCUGGUGUUAGAGGACCCGAGGGAAGACAAGGGGAGAAGGGUGCCAAGGGAGAACCAGGCUUGGAAGGUCCUCAAGGAAAGACCGGUCCUGUUGGACCUCAGGGAUCGCCUGGCAAACCUGGUUCUGAAGGCUUGAGGGGAAUCCCUGGCCCCGUUGGAGAGCAAGGUCUACCCGGUGCUCCUGGCCCAGACGGACCUCCCGGGCCAAUGGGUCCUCCAGGCUUACCUGGUUUGAAAGGAGACUCCGGUAUCAAGGGAGAGAAGGGCCAUCCGGGUCUUAUUGGUCUUAUCGGACCACCGGGCGAGCAAGGAGAAAAGGGCGACAGAGGUCUGCCUGGCCCAGCUGGAACUGCCGGUCCGAAAGGAGAUAAUGGUAUUGCUGGUCCUUCUGGUCCACUUGGCCCACUCGGCCCGCCUGGAUUACCUGGUCCUCCCGGUCCCAAAGGUGCUAAAGGCUCAUCUGGUCAAACUGGACCAAAGGGAGAGACCGGUACACCGGGACUUCCAGGCCCUCCAGGUCCCCCAGGCGACGUCAUCCACCCACUCCCUCUCCAGGCCCCUACCAAGGGCCGCACGCGCAGGAACAUCGACGCCAGCCAGAUGAUGGAUGACGAGCCGGUCGACGCCAACUACAAGGACUACGAUGACGGCAUGGAGGAGAUCUUCGGCUCGCUCAACUCACUCAAACUGGAGAUCGAGCAGAUGAAACACCCACUGGGCACUCAGGCCAACCCUGCCCGCACCUGCAAGGACCUGCAGCUGUGCCAUCCAGACUUCCCAGAUGGUGAAUACUGGAUCGAUCCAAACCAGGGUUGCUCCCGGGACUCGUUCAAGGUUUACUGUAACUUCACAGCCGGUGGAGAGAGCUGCAUCUUCCCUGACAAGAAGUCUGAAGGGGCUAGACUCACCUCCUGGUUAAAGGAGAAACCCGGCUCCUGGUUCAGUGAAUUCAAACGCGGUAAACUGCUCUCCUACGUGGAUGCUGAGGGCAACCCCAUCGGCGUGGUGCAGAUGACCUUCAUGCGCCUGCUGAGCGCCGCCGCCCGCCAGAACCUGACGUACAGUUGCCACCAGUCUGUGGCCUGGCACGACGCGGAGGGUGACAACUACGACAAGGCCAUCCGCUUACUGGGCUCUAACGACGAGGAGAUGUCCUACGAUAACAACCCAUACAUUCGAGCCGUAUUGGACGGCUGCGCGCUGAAAAAGGGCUAUGACAGGACAGUACUGGAGAUCAACACUCCCAAGGUGGAGCAGGUGCCAUUUGUGGACAUUAUGUUCAACGACUUCGGCGGCCCCACGCAGAAGUUCGGCUUCGAAGUGGGCCCCGUCUGCUUCGUCGGCUAA